AUGACGGAGAUAGAAUGGAUUUCGAAGCCUAUGGAAUAUGGAACUGUAAAAUUUACAUGCCUAGAAGAAGCUGUAGAACAUCCUCUGAAACCAGUUGUGGUCACUCUGAUCGAUGGACGCAGCGCAGUUAGACGCAAUGUAUUGCGCAGUACAAGCACAGGUUCUUCCACUGGAACACCGACGCCGACGCAUACACCAAUCCCUGCAAAUCCACUUAGUGAUCCACUGCUGAGCCAUUCCUCUUUGGAUGGCUCUGAUCCCCUUACACAGUUUGCUCGUGAAGAACUGGAUCCUCUUUCCAAAAUGGCCGCGGAUGAAUGGGAUUAUUCUUGUAAUGUUGCACUGGCCAAUAAAAAGCUGAAGGACACGGCGGAAGAAUUGGUAGAGCCCUGGUCUAUCAGACGUUCUGCCAUACUCAGCAAAUAUACAACUUCCGAAAAACUAUCAAUCGUUACCAGCUUUCUACCAGGUGGAGAAAAAGUUGUAGUAAAAGUUCAGCCAAGCGGUCCAAUGGUCGACAAAGUGAAGACACGGCUCGAGCAGUUGGACGACUUCGAGGAAGGCUCUGUUAGACAAAUGCUGGACCUGUCGCAACAGCAAUACACCGCGCGAAUCGAGCAGCUGAACAACGAACUGGUACAGGCGUGGCAUUCCGACCAAAGAGUGAAGGCUCUGAAAAUAGCCAUUCAGUGUGCCAAAUUAUUAGUAGAUACGUCUGUAAUGGCUUUUUACCCAAGCAAGUUUGUUCUCAUCACAGAUAUCUUGGAUAUCUUUGGGAAGCUUGUUUACGAGAGAUUGAAAAUGAAGGCGGAAUACUACAAACCGGGGAGCAAAGUACCCACGAGUUUGCCCGAUAAUUUCACACCCGACAUGGUUCCGGAGAACGCGAAGGAGACGUGUCGGAAUUGGUUUUACAAGAUAGCCUCUAUACGCGAACUGGUGCCGCGUCUCUAUGUAGAAAUGGCGAUAAUAAAGUCGUACAGUUUCCUAACGACAAGCGAAUUUAAUACCGCUCUAUUACGUAUAACUCGUAUGAUAAGAGGAAUCGGGAACCCGUUGAUCGCGGUUUACGCGCGCUGCUACUUAUGCCGCGUGGGAUUGGCGUUGAACAAAACGUCGGAUUUUGAAUUCGUAAGGGAGAACCUGUACGACUUUCUCUUCACGUACCAGCAGCUGUUCGGUGCUGCUGUGAGGCACGACUUAGCGAAGCAAAACGUCAUCCUGCACUCGUAUCUGAAUCUUUACUCGCCGGCUUUGGACUGGAUCGUGCAAGUCUUGGUGGCAACGUCGCCCGAGAGUCUCCUCGAAGAAGUCCUGUCUCGGUGUAAAAAACAAGAAAACGGAUCGUUAUUGUUAAAUACCGUGCUGACUGCGUUCAAGCCAACGUACAUCGCCGCACGCGCCAUGGACUUCGUGAAUCUGAUAGUGGCGAGCGAAGACGACGGAUAUCCUCAGUAUCUCCUGUAUCGCAGCUUGGGCGAGUGUCUCGUGCGAGAGUCCCCGCCGAAAGAGGAUUGCCAGUCGGUGCUCAAUGUGAUAUGGAAAUACGUGACCGAGCUCACAGAUCCCAACAAAUUCAUGCAUUGCGUCGAGAUCUGGAUUCAGUUCACCGUCAUACACUUUUCCGUGAACGAGCUCAAUCUGUUCUUCGGCAAAAUCAUAGACCGUUUGCGACCGAACAAAGCCUUCGAGAGCUAUUAUCCGCAAUUGCAGAAUAUCGUUGAGAAGAUAGUCACCCACACGCAGGACUUCGAGUCACUUCUUGCCGUGGACAAUUUUCUGCCGUUAAUAGAUCUGUUUCAUAAAGAAAGCAUCAAAGUCGAGGUUUGUAAGACUGUUAUAGAAGGACUGAGCGCGCAAAAUGGGCCCAUUACGGACCCCAUUAUUAUAAACGCUUUAAUGUUCAUCGCUAGGAUUAUGCACGACUCCGUUAGUGCCCUAACUGUCGAAGAUGAGAAACGACAAAUCGGCCAGUUGAUAUGUGGCCUCGUGCAACGAGUGGAUUACGGGCGUGAUUUUGAAAAGCAGCUGAGCUUCUACGCCGAAGCCAGAGCAGCGUUUCCCAAUCUCGAUAGUGUUCAUAUACAACUUGUACAGUGUGUAAAUAGAUUGUCAGUGGACACAAGGAAGAUCGUGCGCGGCCAUCACACGAGGAGAACGUCGGCGUUCGUGCGCGCCUGCGCCGCAUUCUGCUUCAUCACGAUCCCGUCGUUGACUCUGGUCCACACGCGCCUUCAGUUGUAUUUGUUGUCCGGGCAGGUGGCUCUCUUGAAUCAGUGCCUGGGCCAGGCCGACGCCUGCUUCAAAGCGGCUCUGAGCUUAGUCCCGGAGAUGCCGAAGACCAUCGACAUCGACGGCCGGCAGAAGAGCUCUCAGCCGUAUCUGCUCUCGUACCUGUCGAAUUUCCUGUCGACCUUGCUGGUGGUGCCGGACAGCCCGGAGCACGGUGUCUUGUAUCUGAUGAGAGGCUUGCUUAACGCGGUGCAACGUUGUUUCGAAGAGAACACUUCGACCAAGUCAUAUCUGUAUUUGCGUGUGCUCGACCUGCUGUCGACGGUCGCGCAGGAGAAUUAUCCCUACCAUAUCGAUAAGGUCGACUCAAACGACAAGCUGUACGGGUCCGAUCAGAAGUUCAUCGGCGAGGUCAACAAGAUUUGCUCCAAGAUCGUGGAGGAAAUUUUGAGCCACCUCAAGUACCUCGGAUCCACCGAUCAGUUCGACAAGCAGUCGGCCCUGGCGCUCGAGUUGUUCAACUGUUUCAUCAUCCGCGCGGAUCUGCGGGAGCCCGCGCUGGCGAAUAUGGCUGUAAAUCUGUGGAACUUGUCGCAACGCCACGGCUCGGUGGACCCGAAAGUGACGAUGAGGACGAAGGCUUACAUGAUACGAAAGAGUCAUCAUCGCGAGUACGAGCAUUUUGCCGAUAUACUUAAGAAGAUGUCUAGGUGAAUAAUGAUAACCUAUGUCGUCUAGGAGACGUUUCGAUAACGUCGUCGGGACACACAGUCUCGAUGCGUUUCAAUUCACUUUUAUUAUCGGCAGUCCCCCCCGGAAGACAUUUCGUGAUCAUGCAAUAAACUUUCCCACUGUAUUGAUCGAACCAGCGGCAUGAACAAAUUCGAAUAUAGGUUCAUUGUCUCAGUUAACUCGAACGCGAGAAGUCAACGAAUGCGCAAGGUAAAUCACGUACCUUUACAUCAUAUUCCAUUCUUUUUUCUAAUAUAACGAAUGCUGUUCCAAAUACGGAAUGUAUGACUAAACGUAAGAAUUUGUACUCUAUCAUAUAAUAAUGCAAUAAAAAUAUCAAUGUUAUAUA